GCUGUGAUCAUGGCUUCACCCAGAGACACUGAGCCAGGCUUCAGCUGUCAACCUGUUCCGCUUCAUUGGCUGUGCCAUUGGGAGUGUACCUUCCUGGCCAGGAAACCAGGCUGUGGAGGGCUGCACAUCACCACGGACGCCUGCUGGGGGCGCUGUGAGACCUGGGAGGUGAGGCUGGAGAGCAGGAGAGAGUCCUAUGCAGUCAGACUGCAGAUAACUGUUAGAAACCAGUAGAUGUCAGCAAACUCUGUAAACAUUUUCAUUAUGAAUAACUGAACUACAGUAUGAUGAUUAUUGCAGAACAAUGCAUCACAGUAUCACGGCUAAAUCCACCCUUGACAAAAUGAAGUAAAUAAUAAACUAAUUUAUUAUAAACUAAUUUAUCAUAAACUGUACUUCAAAUGGAGUAACUUCAUUGUGGAGAUUGUUGAAUAAAUGAACAUGUUAAUCAAAAUGUACCUUGUAUCUGUGUGUGUCUCUUCAGAAGCCUGUCCUGGACCCUCCCUGCAUAGAGUCCUACAAGCGUGUGUGUACCUACAACGAGACCCGCCUGGUGACGGUGCAGCUGCCUAACUGCUCAGCCAACCAUGGACCCCAUGUACACCUACCCUGUAGCCCUGAGGUGUGA